UUAUAAGAUGGGAGGGAAGCAGAAUCAAGAGCUAGGGUUUUUACUUGUCGAAAGGGGCGCAGAAGAUCAUCAAGCUCUGGUCACUAAACCCUAAAAAAUGGCUCGUGGGUUGAAGAAACAUUUGAAGAGGCUCAAUGCUCCCAAGCAUUGGAUGUUGGACAAGCUUGGUGGUGCCUUUGCUCCUAAGCCAUCAUCUGGGCCCCACAAAUCAAGGGAAUGCUUGCCCCUGAUUCUUAUCCUGAGAAACAAGUUGAAGUAUGCCUUGACAUACCGUGAAGUCAUCUCCAUACUGAUGCAGAGGCAUGUUUUGGUGGAUGGAAAGGUCCGGACUGAUAAAACGUACCCUGCUGGGUUUAUGGAUGUUGUAUCGAUCCCCAAGACAAAUGAGAAUUUUCGUCUUCUCUAUGACACCAAAGGCCGCUUCAGACUCCACUCAGUCAAAGAUGAAGAGGCUAAGUUCAAAUUGUGCAAGGUGCGUUCAGUCCAGUUUGGACAGAAGAGCAUUCCCUACCUAAACACCUAUGAUGGCCGCACCAUCCGCUACCCUGACCCAUUGAUUAAGGCCAAUGACACCAUCAAGCUGGACCUCGAGACCAACAAAAUUGUCGACUUCAUCAAAUUCGAUGUGGGCAACGUGGUCAUGGUCACUGGAGGAAGGAACAGGGGCCGAGUUGGUUUGAUUAAGAGCAGGGAAAGGCAUAAGGGAAGCUUUGAUAUCAUCCACAUUGAGGAUGCGGCGAAGCAUGAAUUUGCGACUAGGCUUGGAAAUGUGUUCACUAUUGGUAAGGCAAGCAAGCCUUGGGUCUCGUUGCCAAAGGGCAAGGGUAUUAAGCUCUCUAUUAUUGAGGAGGCAAGGAAGAGGAAUGCAGCAGCUGCCACUGCUGCUGCUUGAGAGUUUCCUUAGGUAUGAGUUUAUCUUUUAGACGGGUCCGAGAUUCAACUUUUUUUCAUGUUUCUUUGGUAAUAUAGAAAUUGAUGCUGGAUUUUAUUAGUGCUUGAGAAAUAGAUUUGAAAUUUUGGGACUGUUUGCUCUUUGUUCUUUGAUGAACAAGUUUGGGAUCUAAUUCGGCGAUGUGUGUUAAAAAUUAGUUCGAUGUUUACUUGGACU